AAGAAAAACCUUUUAUUAUUAUUGAAACCGCGCCAUUUUCAUUCAUAUACAAAACUCGGGUAACUCAAGAGUCGAGACACCACCCCACCCCCACCCACCCACCCCCCAAGGCAAACAUAUAUUUUGAUUUUCAAAUUCAAAUUGAAGAAAUCCAAUCUCCGAUUAGGGUUUCGGGUUGAAAUUCGAGACGAAUGAAUUCCGGCGAUCUCAAAAAAGUAUGGGAAAUCAAAGCUCUGAAGAGAAAACCUAGAAGCGAAGAAGCCCAGAAGAUUCUAGAAAGAAUCGCCAAACAGGUUCAACCCAUCAUGCGUAACCACAAUUGGAGGGUCAAAUUACUUUCUGAAUUCUGCCCAACCAAUCGAUCGCUGCUGGGCGUGAAUGUAGGCAGUGGCAUAAACGUAAAACUGAGGCUUCGAAGGGCGAACAACGACAAUGAUUUUCUUCCUUACCAUGAAGUUUUAGAUACAAUGCUCCAUGAGCUAUGCCACAAUGCCCACGGUCCUCAUAACUCUAGUUUCUACAAGCUCUGGGACGAACUUCGAAAGGAAUGUGAAGACCUCAUAAACAAAGGGAUAAGUGGAUCGGGAGAGGGGUUCGAUCUCGCUGGAAAGCGAUUGGGCGGAAACUCCCAUAAUCGUUCUCUUUCAUCACUCCGUAAAGCUGCAUUAACUGCAGCAGAAAAUAGGGUCCGUUUGGGAUCCAUAAUGCCUUCAGGGCCUAAGAGAAUCGGCGGUGAUAGUUCUAUUAUGUCUGCACUUAGUCCCGCACAAGCUGCUGCAAUGGCAGCCGAAAGAAGAUUUCAGGAUAACAUCUGGUGCGCCUCGGAAUUCUACGACCUAACUGGAGAAGACGAAUUUAUUGAUAAUUUACCGAAUUCUUCAGAUAAUAAUGGGUGCUGUUCUGAAAUCUCAAAGACUGCGUUCGAUGAACGUGAUAAAAUGGUGAAAUCUCGGAAAAGAAGCCGAGAAUCGGACAAUGGUGGACAAGAAUCUGCGUUUAUAGACUUGGAUAAAGAUGUUUUGAAUUCAUGUCUAGAUGAAAAGCCCCCGAUUAAGAAUUUCCAAAAUCGUGGAGAAGCUUCGACUUCGUCAUCCGUAUCUAGCCACGACCCGAUGCAUGAUAAUCGAUGUGGGACAUGGCAGUGCACAUCAUGCACUUUGUUGAACCCACCAUUAGCUCCGAUUUGCGAGCUGUGUGGGACCCAAAAGCCGAAAGACGAAAACCUGAAGAGUGUGAUAUGGUCAUGUCGAUUUUGCACUCUGGAAAAUGAUGUGAAGAUGGAUAAAUGUGGUGUAUGUGGCUCUUGGAGAUACUCUUAUGGUGCACCUGCAGCUACUCCAGCACCCUACCUUGGCACUUAAUAGUUUUGAUAACAUUUGUUUAUAUCAUCCGCAUAAUUUAUCAACCGAUAAUUUUGCCUUUGCUUUUUUGGCUGCCUGAGUAGCAUUAUUUUGUCUCAGCAUUACUGAAAAGACGAAGACCGCGAUUUGGUCGUGUGGAUUUGUACUUUAGAAAAUGACGUGAAGAUGGAUCAACGUGCUGCGUGCCAACCUUGGAAAUAUACUUAAGGUGCACGUUAGCUUUUCAAUCGUUUGAACGUUGGUUUACGACGGUCAAUUAACCAUGACCGUUGAUCUGCACCGAUCGUGAAAAAGUGUUCAAAUCGAUUCGAGUUUUGGUUGAAUCCUUA